UAAGUUUAGUUUUCUGUAACCAGGUCCUCCCGUGUCAGUGUUUGUCAGUGCCAUGGCAACAGAAACUGUGGUGAAAAUUGAGGAAGUCCUCCCCAUUGGUCCUGAAAAUGAGCAGGAAGUGAGCUGGUCUGGUAGUUUCAAAAUCAGGCUCCUCUUUGCUGGAGAAAGCUGGUCUUAUAUGGUAAAGGACUGGAGGACACAGGAGUUAAUAGCCUGUGCAGAGGCAAUACAUACAGUAGUCUACAAUAGAUUGUGUACAGAGUCCAUGCACUGUAGCCUUUAGACAUGACCAGUGCUAUAGAUAUUGUGAUAUUGAACCACCAUUUUAAUGUUUUGAGGGCAUGUAUAGAAAUUUAUAUUGGAAUGAACAUUCCUUUAUUUUGUUCAGAACAAGCCUCAGAUAGUUAAAGUCUACCCAAAGAAGUAUGAAUACUACAGUGCCAUUUCAUCAUAAAUGGAAAACCCUUUUUGUAUGCAUGCACAAUGGCACAGAUAGGCUGUUUAACUUGGGCAAUCAUGACCUGUCUGUACGUGCCCACGUUACUAUCUGCUUCAUCCAAAAGACUAAAACAGGUUCAGCAGAGGGCUUAAAUAUUUUGUUCAAAUACAGACAAAUAAAUGUUGAAGCUGCAGUGGGUAAAGCCUUAUGUUCACCACAAGCUACUUAUAAAUUAUGAAGCUGACAGCCGGCAUCAUAACUGCAUUGAAAUACAUCUUUACAUUUCUAGACAGCUUUGAACAGAUACACUAUGUUGCUUCUUCAUUGCUUAGCAGCUGUUUGUUGUGAAAUACCACUGUGUUGUGUCAGGGUCACAACUGUGACCAUAUCCUGUUGCCAAAAUUAUUCUCAAGCCCCCAAAGCCACAGCUCUCUUCUCUUCAGUAAGAUCUGGACAUGAGUGACCUGGCUGGGUGUUGGUUUGGCCAUCCACUGUCUCUGUGUGAGAAUUAUGUGACGUCAACAGAGAGGAAUGCACUGUUUACUGUUUACUGUUUGUUUCUGUAAUUAAAUACCAGCCCACUUGGUAAUAAUCUGAUAGUGAUCAUUUUUUGCUUGGGUCUUUCUGUCUCCCCCUACAUGGCAGAGUUUGGCUCCUCUCCACGCUGGUAGAGCUCUCUCACACACCACAAGCUCUUGGUUGGUCGAUGACGACAUAGGGCAGAGAGGUCUAUGCUACGUUUGGCUCUGCCAUAACUGUCCGAUCGCUGCUGACUGACCAGGAAAUGCCAGGGUCCUUCCCAGGAGAUAAGAAUCCUCUCUGGGUUCCCCAGGGGGAAACCAGUGCGUCGCUGUCUGUCUUGAGCCCCGUUGAGCAGUCAAGACUUUGGAGGAGAGAGCGAGAGACUGUAGACAGCAAUCACCACCAUGGCGGAGCUGGAGGGCUUCGAAUUUGGCAAGUCGGACUUUGUGCUCCUGGAUGAGGUCACCAUGGAGCAGUUCAUGGAGAACCUGAGGCUGAGGUUCGAGAAAGGACGCAUCUACACCUUUAUUGGGGAAGUGGUGGUGUCCGUUAACCCGUACAAACAGAUGGACAUCUAUGGGAAGGAGGUGAUUGAUGCAUACCGGGGCCGUGAGCUCUACGAGAACCCUCCACACCUGUACGCAGUGGCCGACGCUGCCUACAAGGCCAUGAAGAGGCGAGCCAAAGACACCUGCAUCGUUAUAUCAGGUGAGAGUGGAGCAGGCAAGACUGAAGCGAGCAAAUACAUCAUGCAGUACAUUGCUGCCAUCACCAACCCCUCGCAGAGAGAGGAAGUGGAGAGUGUGAAGAACGUUCUCCUGAAGUCUAACUGCGUUCUGGAGGCCUUUGGUAAUGCCAAGACCAACCGCAAUGACAACUCCAGCCGCUUUGGAAAGUACAUGGACAUCAACUUCAACUUCAAUGGAGAUCCUACAGGAGGUCAUAUCAACAACUACCUGCUAGAGAAGUCAAGGGUUGUGCAACAGCAAGCAGGCGAAAGAAACUUCCACUCUUUCUAUCAGUUAUUGCGUGGAGACACUCCUGAGACGCUGAGGAAACUGCACCUUAAGAAAGAGCCAGAGGUCUAUGUCUACACCAAAGAGGGAGCUGCUGUGGUUACUGGGUCCAAUGAUGGCUCAUGUCACAAGGCUGUAUUGAGCGCGCUCAAAGUGAUCGGCUUCACUCAAGAUGAGAUCGACUCCAUCUACAAGAUCAUUGGGACUAUCCUCCUGCUGGGAAACAUGGAGUUUGAAAACGAUGGGGAGGCAGUGCAGCUAUCGUCAGCCGAUACAGUGAGUCACAUCGCCGAGCUCACCGCCACGGAGCCAGAGAGUGUGAGCAAAACUCUGCUGUUCCGCACCGUGGCUACAGGGGGCGGCGAGGUCAUCGAGAAAGGACACAGCAAACAGGAGGCCUGCUUUGGACGUGAUGCCUUCGCCAAGGCCCUGUAUGAGAGACUGUUUGGCUGGAUUGUCAGCCGUAUAAAUGCAGUGAUUGAGGUGAAGAACUACAACCCUGCCCUUCAUGGCAAGAACACCGUCAUUGGUGUGCUGGAUAUCUAUGGCUUUGAGAUCUUUGAUAACAACAGUUUUGAACAGUUCUGCAUCAACUACUGUAACGAGAAGCUUCAGCAGCUCUUCAUCGAGCUUAUCCUUCGGCAGGAGCAAGAGGAGUACAAUAGAGAGGGCAUCACAUGGCAGCAUAUUGACUACUUCAACAACCAGAUCAUAGUGGACCUGGUUGAGCAGUCUCAUAAGGGGAUCAUCUCUAUCCUGGAUGAGGCCUGCCUAACUGUGGGUAACGUCACCGACACAGUCUGCCUGGAGAGCAUGAACACCAAGUUGGGCCAACACCCACACUUCACAUCCCGCAAGCUCUGUCCCACUGACAAGACCAUGGAGUUCCACCGAGACUUCCGCAUCCGUCACUACGCAGGCGAUGUCACUUAUUCUGUCGAAGGGUUUCUGGACAAGAACAAAGAUCCACUCUUCCAAGAUUUCAAGAGGCUCAUGUACAACAGUUCUGAUCCCGUCCUGAAAGACAUGUGGCCAGACGGUCAGCUCGGCAUCACAGAGGUAACCAAGCGACCCCUGACGGCCGCCACCCUCUUUAAGAACUCCAUCAUCGCCUUGGUGGACAAGCUCGCCUGCAAGGAGCCCUACUACGUGCGCUGCGUCAAGCCCAAUGAGAUGAAGUCAGCAGUGCUGUUUGACGACGCCCGCUGCCAACACCAGGUGGCAUACCUGGGCCUGCUAGAGAAUGUGAGGGUGCGGAGGGCAGGCUUCGCCUAUCGACAGCCCUACGCCCGCUUCCUACAGAGGUAUAAGAUGACGUGUGAGUACACGUGGCCCAACCACCUGAUGGCGACGGACCGUGAGGCGGUGGAGGCCAUCGUGACGCAGCACGGUUUCGAGGGAGAUGUGGCGUAUGGACACACCAAGCUGUUUGUGCGCACGCCACGCUCUCUCUACACACUGGAGCAGGAGAGGGCAGCACUCAUCCCCAUCCUCGUGCUCUUCCUACAGAAGGUGUGGCGGGGCACGUUGGCUCGCAUGCGUUGUCGCCGGAUGCGCGCCAUCUACACCAUCAUGGGCUGCUACAAGCGCUACAAGGUGAAGGCCCACUUCUGGGAGGUGGAGAGGCGCUUCGCCGGCGUACGCAGCAUGGACGACUACGGCAAGAGCGUGGAAUGGCCAACGCCGCCCGCAGCCCUCGCAGAGUUCCACGCCAUCACGCAGCACCUGCAUCGCAGGUGGCGAGCCAGGCAGAUCAUUAAGAACAUCGCCCCGUCAGAUAUGCCCGAGGUGAGGGCCAAGGUGGCAGCCCUUGGGGCGCUGGCUGGGGAGCGCUCCGACUGGGGCUGUGGACGCCCCUGGGAGAGAGACUACCUGGCCAACGCCCGAGACUCACCGCAGACCAGCGCUAACUUCUCUCGUGCCGCCAAGGAGUUGAGGGGGAAAGACCAGUACGGCCAGACCCUCUUCUCUGGCUCUGUACGCAUGCUGAACUGGUUCAACAACACCAAAGACAAAGCACUGUUGAUCACAGACAAACACGUUUACAGACUGGAUUCCAAGAAAUACAAGGUGAACAAGAGGAUACCACUGGAGACUGUGACCAGUUUGAGCGUCACUAGCGGAAGUGACCAGAUGGUGGCGCUACACACUUCCAAUCAGGACGACUUCCUGGUCUACCUGCAGCGCGGUCAGCUCUGCACAAACCAGGACCGUGUCGGGGAGCUCGUGGGGACCCUCUGUGACCACUUCAGAAGAGUAAGGGACACUGAUCUUCCAGUCAAGGUGUCUCAGAGGGGUCUAAGCGUGUACAUGAGUGGCAAACAAAAAAGCAUCACUGUGGAAACCAAGGCUGGCCAGGUCACCCCAGACUUCCGCAAGAGCCGUGGAGGCUACACCUUAUUUCUGCCUCAAUGACCUGGAACACACACACACACACACACACACACACACAAGCUUUCAGGAACUGUCUGAGUCAGUAAUUUAAUACUUUCAAAAUGUAAAACUCAGUGAAAAGUACUGGAAAAAGAUCAACUUUUGUACAGUCAUAUUGUCAGAUUAUUGACCAUGUUCAACUGGUGACUGUUCCUUUAAUUUAGACCAAGUUCAAUUUCUUAACCUAUUCAAAGGAUGUCUGAUUUAUGCUCUGUACUAGCUUGAUGUUAAGGGAACCAUUUUUUUUUAUUCACUACUGUAUUUUAUGAGACAUAAGAGAUGAAUAUAUAGUUUAUUGUAAUUGAUAUUUGAGAGAAUAGCUAUUUUAUGCACAUUACUGUAACCUCUGUGAUCUAUUGAUCGCGCCUUUCAGGCAAUUAGUUGGUUAUGUCCGCAAGAUACUAUGCUGAAUUUCACUUCACAUUCCAGGUGAAAGCCAACUGUAGACCCCUGUAGUGUCCCUGGCCUCUGUAGUUUAUUGAUCAUACCUGUGAGCUGAUCGGUUGGUUAUGUCUGUCAGAUGCUAUGCUGAAUUUCACUCACAGCUUCAUUCCAGGUGGAAGCCUACUGUAGGCUAAACAUGACCUGGAUUCUCCUUAGCAGUAUUUCACUCUGGCACUGUUUAAUAAAAAACAGUCAUGGUU